AUUUAUAUCCGUUUCUCUGUCCAGUGUUCCCCUUGCUUCCCCGAGAGAGAGAGAGAGAGAAAGAGAGAGAGACAGAGAGAGUUCAUAAAGCUCCAAAAACGUUUUUAAUGGAUGCUUCGAUCUAUGCCCCCUUCAGUUUCAAAGAAAUCUCAUAGAAAACGAGCCCCAUCCCCAUCUUUUUUUUUCCUGGGGUUGCUUGUGUGGAAGGAAUUUAGAAUCUACCACAUUGCCUAGGGCUUAAAAAAAGGUGCUUUUUUUUUUCUGUCUGAGGAAGGUUUCAUGGGUUGAACUCAAAGAAUAAUGGGUAGCUUAAGAGAAGACGAAGAACGUUCAUUUUUUGAUGCUCAUGAGCAUAUUGCAACAAUGUCUGGUUUAAAUACUAAUUACAUAGAGAUACCUGAUCCGAAUUCUGGUUCUGAUAAUUGGUUUGAGAGUAGUUUCCAGUAUGAUGUAUGGAUUCGUAGCCCUCGGAGUGUUAAGGAACGACGGAGUAAAUUCUUGGAUUGGAUGGGAGUGCAUUUAGAUCGAAUUUUGUGUGAGAAUUCAGUAGAUGAACCUAGUUUGGAAGGAGAAGUUGACAGACUUAGGGAAACCAGUGCUGCUGUUUUGAGAACAUCUGACUUUGAAGAGGAAUUUUCUUCGAGUCGUUCUUCAAUGUCUUGUUGGUCUAAUGAUAAUUUUGAUUUGUCUGAGGAGUCCAGUUCGCGAGGUAAUUUCGUGUGCAGAGAAGGAAAUGAGGGUGGGGGAGCUGUAUGUGAUGUUGAUGAAGUGGGUCAGGAUGGGAAGACAAGUGAAGAUUGUGAAAUGGGUGCAGAGCACUUGGUAACAGGUGAAGAGUCUGAGAACCUUUCUGUGUCAUCACCCUCAUUUCAACAACUUAGGGAGAGGGAAGUUGAGAAGCAGAAUAAAUCAGAAGGAUUAAUGAAGAGAGUUAAGAACAGGUGGUUGAGUAAAUUGCGCUCCAUAGCAUGCGUCGUGGAUAGACAGGUUGAAGAUGAUAGAUUGAGAGCCAUUGGAGAUGAUUCAAUUGUAGGGCCUAAGGUUCAUAGAGUUAAGGUCCACCAAUGCAGGAAACGAACAAAGGAACUUUCUGCGCUCUAUAAGGGUCAAGAUAUCCAGGCCCAUGAAGGUCCAAUUUUGUCAAUGAAGUUCAGUCCUGAUGGGCAGUACCUAGCGAGUGCUGGUGAAGAUGGUGUUGUGCGAAUAUGGCAAGUGGUGGAAGAUCAGAGGUGCAACGACCUUGACAUUCCAGAAAUAGAUCCUUCCUGCAUAUACUUCACAGUGAAUCACCUUUCCGAAUUGAAACCCCUCUUUGUAGAUAAGGAAAAGGUGGGCAAUUUAAGAAGCCUGAGGAAAACUUCUGAUUCAGCAUGUGUUAUCUUCCCUCCCAAAGUUUUCCGGCUAUUGGAGAAACCAUUACACGAGUUCCAUGGGCACAGUGGUGAAAUCUUGGAUCUCUCAUGGUCAAAGAAAAAUUAUCUGCUGUCUUCCUCAGUUGAUAAAACUGUUCGUAUGUGGCAAGUAGGAUGUGACCAUUGCCUCAGAGUGUUUUCGCACAGUAAUUAUGUAACCUGUGUUCAGUUUAACCCUGUGGAUGACAAUUACUUCAUUAGUGGUUCAAUAGAUGGAAAAGUACGCAUUUGGGCAAUUUCUGGUUGCCAGGUUGUAGACUGGACUGAUGUAAGAGAUAUAGUUACUGCAGUGUGUUAUCGCCCAGAUGGACAGGGAGGAAUUGUUGGCUCAAUGACAGGCAGUUGUCGCUUUUACAAUAUGUCAGACAAUCACUUGCAACUGGAUGCUUAUAUAUGCUUAAAUGGGAAAAAGAAGUCAACCUGCAGAAGGAUAACUGGCUUGCAGUUUUUACCACAAGAUUCAAGCAAAGUAAUGGUUACUUGUGCUGAUUCACAAGUUAGAAUUCUUCAAGGACUGAAUGUGAUCUGCAAAUACAGGGGAGUACGUAAUAAUGGAAACCAGACAUUAGCAUCAUUCACUGCUGAUGGGAAGCAUAUUGUUUCAGCUUGUGAGGAUGCCAAUGUAUAUAUAUGGAAUUGUGUUGCUCAGGAUGAGCCUACUCUCUCUCAGGCUAAAGACAUAAGAUCUUGUGAGCGCUUCUCUGCCAAUGCAUCUAUUGCAAUACCUUGGAGUGGCCUGAAUGGAAACUCGGAAAAUGGGAGGCAGUUUGAAGUAUUGAAUGAUAAUUUACCAGAAAACCUACCAUUUUCUUCACCUUCUUAUUUCUCUCUGAGCAAUGAAUACUUUUUGGAGUCUUUUCCCAAGGGAUCUGCGACUUGGCCAGAGGAAACGCUUCCUUCAUCCAGUCCAAUGUCUGUGUCAUCUUCAAUGCAUAAAUCCCAGUACAAGUUUCUAAAAACUUCAUGCCAAAGUACAUUUAGUUCUCAUGCAUGGGGUCUUGUUAUAGUGACAGCAGGGUCAGAUGGAAGAAUAAGAUCCUUCCUCAAUUAUGGUUUACCAGCCCCCGUUUGAAACACUGGUGGCUUAGUGAAGGAAUCAGAGAAUUAAGAUAUGUCCAAAUAGUACAGUUGAUAUAUUUGGUGCCUACAUUGAUUGACUUACUACUGCAGAUACCUUGUUGAGCUUGAAUAGGGACUAGUGAUUUUGAGAUUGACAAGAUUGACAGCAUCAACUGCCAUGGCAUGUUCAGGGCUGAAUGGUUGAUGGGCGUGCACAACUCAGAUAGAUGGUUGAGAAUCUGAGGUUUUCUCAGGGCCCAUCUAAGAUUUUCAGAGGUGGUCUGCAACUGAAUUUGGUCACAACAAGUGGCGGCUGUUCUAUGGUUGCAGUGAAAUUCCUUUUGGAAGGAGCAAGUGGCCGAGGUUAGCUUAUCUGAAUACCUUGGUUAAAUUUAUGAUUGGUUGAUUUGUUACUCGAGAAAUUUUGUCUGCCCGAAGAGAUUAUACAAGUCAUGUGCUAGGAGACGGCAAUUGAGAUAUUACUUGUAUAAUAGAAGGAGGUGCCUGUGGCCUGUGGGGCCUUGUAGAACAACCUCUUUCUUUUGUUCUCUUAAAUAGGAGUAGGAAUCCAGAGUGGUGGUUGCAGUUCAUUCAGGGGAAAAAAAUGGUGGGGAGCUUCACCAUUAUCAUAUGUUGGCCGCUUUGCAUGAUUGAAUUGUUUGUCUGCCAUUUUGGGUCUGCCUCAUGGUAGGGCCAUUCAAACCUGGUCGUAGAGGUGGAAUUUACCAGGUCUUGUUUUUCACUGAAUGGGCUUCCCUGCUGACUCUAGUGCUUGAAUGCAUACCGUUUUUGUUUGUUUGCAGAGCACAAUUCCAGGCCAUUCCUUUCAUGGCGUGUUUGUUACCCUAAUGGCUGCAGUUGACUAUCGGCUAACACUAUUCAUGCUUCGUUGCCAAUGAUUCUUUUUCAGUUUUGCGAACACGUUUCAUAGCUGUACUGAUUUGAUAUCUAUACUAACAUCCGACGGAGCUACUUUUACCUUUUUUCCUUUUGAAAAUGCUAGACUCCAUCAGCAAUGGCUUGAGUUUAGCUCAAAUGUAAUUCUAAUCUACUGUUGUAAAUAAAUUCAAACAUGUUGGGUUGGUUUUCCUCCCAAGUAAAUCAUUAUACGUGCUGUGGCAUUCAUUGUACAAGAAGCAAGAAGCUUUUGUAGUCAGUAUAUAUGCGGUGUCAUUCAUUGUACAAAGAAGCAGGAAGCUUUUGUGGUGUUAGCA